CUACUGUUUAUUAUUAUUAAGGUCUUCCGUUCUUCACGGAAGACCUUAUAGUGAUUCUACUGUUUCUUAUUAUUAUUAUGUCUCCGAACACAAAGUGUCGGAGACAUAUUGUUUUUGCUCCGUUUCUUAUUAUGUCUCCGAACACAAAGUGUCGGAGACAUACUGUUUUUGCUCCGUUUCUUAUUAUUCUUAUUAUUAUGUCUCUGAACACAAAGUGUCGGAAACAUAUUGUUUUUGCUCCGUUUCUUAUUAUGUCUCCGAACACAAAGUGUCGGAGACAUAUUGUUUUUGCUCCGUUUCUUAUUUUUCUUAUUUUCUUCUUCUUUUUAUUACUCUUCUUUCCAGAGAAAUUUGUCCGCUCGAUUUUAUGAAAGUGUUUCGACAGAUCCACUUCAAACUUUGUCAGAUGAUAGGGGGUCAUGAGGAGGGGUGCAAUCAACUUUCGAAAUUUUCAAAAUGGCCGCCGUUUUAAAAUGGCGGCCAAAAACAUCAAAAACUCCACAAUUCAUUUUUAGCAUCAGUAUUCCCUUCCAAUCUAUUUUCAAAUGUUUCAAAAUGGCCGCCAUUGAACAAAAUGGUGGCCAAAAAACAAGUCCGUCGGAUUUCAACCAAAUUUAGUUUCUAGGGUUUUUGGAGGAUCCUGAGUGCAUAUCUGGCAUCAAAAAGCAUUUCUGACAAGGGGAGGUGUUCGGAGACAUUUGUGUUGGCAUCCCAACACAGUUAUAGCUCGUUAUUCUUAUUUUCUUCUUCUUAUUCCUCUUCUUUCCUGAGAAAUUUGUCCGCUCGAUUGUAUGAAAGUGUUUCGACAGAUCCACUUCAAACUUUGUGAACUGAUAGGGGGUCAUGAGGAGGGGUGCAAUCAACUUUCCAAAUUUUCAAAAUGGCCGCCGUUUCAAAAUGGCGGCCAAAAACGUCUAAGAGUCAAGGUUGUCGGAUUUCAAGCAAAUUCUAUUUCUAGGGUACGUUAGUGACUCCAAGUCCAUUUCCACCAUCAAAAUUUUUUUUUGAGCCGCCAUUUUCAAAAUGGCCGCCAUAUACCGAAAUAUUUGAAAAUGUUAAAAUCUCUACAACAUUUGGGUUCUGGGGUCAAUUGAGCGUCCACAGUUCAUUUCUAGCAUCAGUAUUUCCUUCCAAUCUGUUUUCAAAUAUUUCAAAAUGGCCGCCAUUGAAGAAAAUGGUGGCCAAAAAUCAAGUCCGUCGGAUUUCAACCAAAUUUAGUUUUUAUGGUUUUUGGAGGACCCUGAGUGCAUAUCUGGCAUCAAAAAGCAUUUCUGACAUGGGGAGGACUGUUCGGAGACAUUUGUGUUGGCAUCCCAACACAGUUAUAGCUCGUUAUUCUUAUUCUUUUCUUUUUAUUCUUCCUCUUCUUUAGUGAGAAAUUUGUCCGACCGAUUUUGUGAAAGUGCUUUGACAGAUCCACUUCAAACUUUGUGAGCUGAUAGGGGGUCACUAGGAGGGGUGCAUUCAAAUUUUCAAAAUGGCCGCCGUUUCAAGAUGGCGGCCAAAAAACGUCAAAAACUCAAGGUUGUCGGAUUUCAACCAAAUUCCAUUUCUAGGGUAAUUUAGUGACCCCAAGUCCAUUUCCACCAUCAAAUUUUUUUUUGAGCCGCCAUUUUCAAAAUGGCCGCCAUAUACUAAAAUAUUUGAAAGUGUUAAAAUCUCUACAACAUUUGGGUUCUAAGGUAAUUUGAGGGUCCACAGUUCAUUUCUAGCAUCAGUAUUUCCUUCCAAUCUAUUUUCAAAUGUUUCAAAAUGGCCGCCAUUGAAGAAAAUGGCGGCUAAAAAUCAAGUCCGUCGGAUUUCAACCAAAUUUAGUUUCUAGGGUUUUUUGAGGAUCCCGAGUGUAUAUCUGGCAUCAAAAAGCAUUUCUGACAUGGGGAGGUGUUCGGAGACAUUUGUGUUGGCAUCCCAACACAGUUAUAGCUCGUUAUUAUUAUGUCUCCGAACACAAAGUGUCGGAGACAUAUUGUUUUUGCUCCGUUUCUUAUUAUUCUUAUUUUCUUCUUCUUCUUCUUCUUAUUAGGGUCUUCCGUCUUCAGCGGAAGAACCUUCUAUUAUUCUAUUGUUGAUUUUUCACUUUUCUUAUUAUUAGGGUCUUCCGUCUUCAGCGGAAGAACCUUCUAUUAUUCUAUUGUUGAUUUUUCACUUUUCUUAUUAUUAUGUCUCCGAACACAAAGUGUCGGAGACAUAUUGUUUUUGCUCCGUUUCUUAUUAUUCUUAUUUUCUUCUUCUUCUUUUUAUUCCUCUUCUUUCCAGAGAAAUUUGUCCGCUCGAUUUUAUGAAAGUGUUUCAACAGAUCAACUUCAAACUUUGUGAGCUGAUAGGGGGUCAUGAGGAGGGGUGCAAUCAAUUUUCGAAAUUUUCAAAAUGGCCGCCGUUUCAAAAUGGCGGCCAAAAAACGUCAAAAACUCAAGGUUGUCGGAUUUCAACCAAAAUCUAUUUCUCGGGUACGUUAAUGACCCCGAGUUCAUUUCCACCAUCAAAAAAAAUUUUUGAGCCGCCAUUUUCAAAAUGGCCGCCAUAUACUGAAAUAUUUGAAAGUGUUAAAAUCUCUACAACAUUUGGGUUCUGGGGUAAAUGGAGGGUCCACAAUUCAUUUCUAGCAUCAGUAUUUCCUUCCAAUCUAUUUUCAGAUUUUUCAAAAUGGCCGCCAUUGAAGAAAAUGGCGGCCAAAAAAUCAAGUCCAUCGGAUUUCAACCAAAUUUAGUUUCUAGAGUUUUUUGAGAAUCCUGAUCUGGCAUCAAAAACCACUUCUGACAUGGGGAGGUGUUCGGAGACAUUUGUGUUGGCAUCCCAACACAGUUAUAGCUCGUUAUUAUUUUUAUUCUUCUUUUUUUUCCUUACCGAUUUUGUGCAGAGGAUUUCUCAGAGAUGGCUUGAUCGAUUUACUUCAAAUUUUUAGGGUUGACGCAUUGCUAUUUGAAGUUUAUAUCUUUUUUUGGAUUUUUGAAAAUUCCGUUCCGGUUGGAAGUUAUCCCCCUUUUAUCGAUUUUCAGAUGACCAUUUUGUCCAGCCAACAUCUCAAAAACGAUAAAAGCUAGAGUGCUGAAAUUUUCAGUGAUGUUAGACGACAUGUUGUAGUUGUGCACAUGGGUUUUGAAAAUUUCCGGAAGUGCCUAGUAUGGAAGCUCGGUAGGGGUCGUAAAUGGAGUUUUAAAAAGUGUCCAAUUUUUUUCCACGUUUUAAAUCAUAACUUUUUACUCGUAAAUAUUUUGCUUAGACAUAUGUAACAAAAGUUGUACAGUUUAUUGAGAUCUUUCGUGUCAUAUCAAGAAAUGGGCCCAUAGGCCUCAUGGCUCGCCUGAACCAUUGAAUUUCUGUUACAAUGAUUAACUUUUUUCUCACGAAACUUUUGAUAAGACAUGUAGAAUGAAAGUUGUUCAGUUUUACAAGAUCUAUCUAAUGAUAUCAAAAACUAGGCCUCAGGGCAUCAUGGCUCGCCUGAACAGUCAAAUUUGUAUCACAAUUAAUAACAUUAAUAACUUUUUUCUUGAGAAACUUUUGACAAGACAUGUAGAGCAAAAGUUGUUCAGUUUUGCAAGCGUUAACUAACGAUGUUAAUAAAUAGGCCUGCAGGUCUCAUGGCUCACCUGAACAGUUGGGUUAUUGUUGCAAGCUAUAACAUUUUUGUCAAGAAACUUUUAAUAAGACAUCUAGAACAAAAGUUGUUCAGUUUUGCAAGAUCUUUCGAACAACAUCAUGAAAAAGGCAAACGGGCCUCAUGACUUGCCUGAACAGUUUGAUUAGUGUCACAAUCAAUAACUUUUUUCUCGAAAAACUUUUGAUAUGACAUGUAGAACAAACGUUGUUCAGUUUUGCAAGAUCUUUCAAACGAUAUCAAGAAAAAGGCCCACGGGCCUUAUGACUUGCCUUAACAGUCUGAUAAAUGUCGCAAUCAAUAACUUUUUUCUCAAGAAAAUUUUAAUAGGACAUGUAGAACAAAAUUUGUUCAGUUUUGCGAGGUAUAUCUAAAAUGAUAUUUAAAAAAGGCCUCCGGGCAACAUGACUCGCCUGAUAAGUCGAAUUUGUAUCGCAGUAAAUAACAUUAUUAACUUUUUUGUCGAAAAAAAGGCUGACCCCUUUAAUUAGUGGCCGAGAGCGGCAGAGAUUCUUUAAUUUAUAGCACGUAAAUGAUCAAUAUUUGCAAAACAUUACCGAAGCUAAAUUGUACGUCUAGACAAUAUAUUUGUAUCAUUAUUUAUGAACGAAAAUCUCAGUCAAGUUCUUAUCUCAUCACAUCUAAAAUUGGACGGAAGACCCACUCGUUGCUCGCAACGACAUCGCAUCUAGUUAUUCUUAUUUUCUUAUUAUUAUUAUUAUUAUGUCUCCGAACAAAAAGUGUCAGAGACAUAUUGUUUUUGCUCCGUUUCUUAUUAUUCUUAUUAUUAUUUUCUUCUUCUUAUUCUUAUUAUUCCUCUUCUUUAGUGAGAAAUUUGUCCGACCGAUUUUGUGAAAGUGCUUCGACAGAUCCACUUCAAACUUUGUGAGCUGAUAGGUGGUCACUAGGAGGGGUGCAUUCAACUUUUCAAAUUUUAAGAAUGGCCGCCGUUUCAAGAUGGCGGCCAAAAAACUCCAAAACUCAAGGUUGUCGGAUAUCAACCAAAUUCUAUUUCUAGGGUACGUUAGUGACUCCAAGUCCAUUUCCACCAUCAAAUUUUUUAUUCAGCCGCCAUUUUCAAAAUGGCCGCCAUAUACCGAAAUAUUUCAAACUGUUAAAAUAUCUACAAUAUUUGGGUUCUGGGGUAAAUGGAGGGUCCACACUUCAUUUCUAGCAUCAGUAUUCCCUUCCAAUCAAUUUUCAAAUGUUUCAAAAUGGCCGUCAUUGAAGAAAAUGGCGGCCAAAAAACAAGUCCGUCAGAUUUCAACCAAAUUUAGUUUCUAGGGUUUAUGGAAGAUCCUGAGUGCAUAUCUGGCAUCAAAAAGCAUUUCUGACAUGGGGAGGUGUUCGGAGACAUUUGUGUUGGCAUCCCAACACAGUUAUAGCUCGUUCUUCUUAUUAUUCCUCUUCUUUCCUGAGAAAUUUGUCCGCUCGAUUGUAUGAAAGUGCUUCGACAGAUCCACUUCAAACUUUGUGAACUGAUAGUGGGUCAUGAGGAGGGGUGCAUUCAACUUUCCAAAUUUUCAAAAUGGCCGCCGUUUCAAAAUGGCGGCCAAAAACGUCAAAUAGUCAAGGUUGUCGGAUUUCAACCAAAUUCUAUUUCUAGGCUAAUUUAGUGACCCCGAGUCCAUUUCCACCAUCAAAAUUUUUUUUUGAGCCGCCAUUUUCAAAAUGGCCGCCAUAUACUGAAAUAUUUCAAAGUUUUAAAAUCUCUACAACAUUUGGGUUCUGGGGUCAAUUGAGCGUCCACAGUUCAUUUCUAGCAUCAGUAUUUCCUUCCAAUCAAUUUUCAAAUGUUUCAAAAUGGCCGCCAUUGAAGAAAAUGGCGGCCAAAAUUCAAGUCCGUCGGAUUUCAACCAAAUUUAGUUUCUAGGGUUUUUGGAGGAUCCUGAGUCCAUAUCUGGCAUCAAAAAGCAUUUCUGACAUGGGGAGGUGUUCGGAGACAUUUGUGUUGGCAUCCCAACACAGUUAUAGCUCGUUAUUAUUAUUUUCUUCUUAUUUUUCCUCUUGUUUAGUGAGAAAUUUGUACGCAUGAUUAUAUGAACACGCUUCGACAGAUCCACUUCAAACUUUGUGAGCUGAUAGGGGAUCACUAGGAGGGGUGCAUUCAACUUUUCAAAUUUUCAAAAUGGCCGGCAUGGCCAAAAAACGUCAAAAACUGAAGAUUGUCAGAUUUUUAGGAUAAUUUAGUGACCCCAAGUCCAUACUCCUUUCUUAAUGAGAUCUAAUGAAUAUGUAUAUCAAACUCAAAACGAGGCUAAGGUCGUAUCGAGUGAAAACAAAAAUAGAAAAUGGAGGAGAAAAAAGCGUCUGCUACGCGCGAUUUAAGUAUCGUUCCAGACCUCACGUUCGGCUUUGUUGAGAAAUUUGUCAAAAGAGAUAGCCAAAGCCUUGGAGAAAAGGAAAUAUCCAAAGGAUAUAAAUAUUUCUGCGAGAGAUAUGUGACUAACAUUACAACUCACAAUGCUGUGAAUGGAUGUGUAGUGAAGGGGAAAUGCCAUAGAUCCCAGCGCAAGAAUGAAUCGCCUCAUGAUAUCGAGAUUGUUCUGUUAGAUGGACCAUGUGUGGAGAGUAGCCGUUGUUCCUGCACGAUUGGACAGUCGGGACACUGUGGUCAUGUUACUGGUCUCCUAUUCACUCUAGCACAUAUGAAAUCUGCAAACCUGAAAUUCAUUCCAUCUGAUGUUCUGAAGACUUCCCUUCCCCAGACUUGGCAUGUGCCCCGAGGAGAGAAGAUUUGUGGAAGUUCAGCUGAAAACGUGAUUGUGCAUGGAUACAAUGCCAAGUCAUCUCCUCAACAACCUCGUGGAUUGAGAUCUACUCUGUACAAUCCCAUCAACUCUGUUGUUCCAAAAAUUUCAGAACUGUGUUCUAGAGUCUCUGAAGCUGACAAAACCUGUUUGUUGCUUACAGUUGUGAAUUUGAGUGGUAAAGGUGACUGUGAAUAUACAGAGACAAAAUUUGGUAAAUUUCCAAAAGGAUCCCCAUUAGCAGUGCAACAGAAAUUGUCACCACAUUAUGUACUGAAUAUUUUAGAUGCCAGUGAAUUUCCUCUUCUCCCCGCUGAAAAUCUAAUGGAACAACAACUUCAUAUCAUUCUGGAUGAGAAAAGAACUUGUAGCUUUUCUUCAAUUUUUGUGUCAGAGGAGGAAUGUCAUCAAAUUGAGGAGAUGACACGACUACAAGGAGAGAGUCCUAAGUGGCACGCAAUCCGUAGGGAGAGAAUUACUGCAUCAGUGGCUGGUGAUAUUGUAAAGCGGAGAGCAGCCUAUGAACCUCUAACUGGAAGACUGAAGACAACAAGAAAAGUUGUUACAGAGAGCAUGCGUCAUGGGUUGUCAUUUGAGGCAGUUGCUGCUGACGCCUUUGUUAGACUACUAGAUAACAACGUCAACAUAUACCCAUGUGGAGUUGUAGUUAGCCCUUAUGCUCCAUGGCUUGCUGCUACACCUGAUCGGAAGGUAUACAACCCCACCAUGAAUCAACCUUACGGCUUGCUUGAGAUCAAGUGCCCUGUAAAACCCUUGUCAGAAUGCAACUACUUGACUUAAGUUGGAGAUGUGUGGAGACUGAAAAAAAAUCAUAAUUACUUCUACCAAGUCAUGAUGCAACUUGCAGUGACUGGUCUAAACUGGUGUUACUUCUUUGUGUGGCUCUGUGAUGAAAAUCACUUGGAGGUUAUCGAGUUUGAUGAGGAGGAGUGGCAAGACAUGAAAAACAAGAUAGAUUCAUUCUAUUUUGAUCACUUUCUUGAAUAAAAGCUUUGUCUUUUAAACCUCA